ACCUAAUGUCUAUAAUGUAUUCCAAAUGAAGAUAUUUGCGUGACCAUGCAUCUUUAACCGUAAUUUGUGCCGCGUUAAUCUUCGGUAUAAAUAGGUAUGGACUGCGUCACAAUCUGGUAUUCCAAUACAUCGACUGUUUUUUUACGCUGACAGUAUUCGUAAUCCCAUCCAGCACUUUGCGAGAAAAUAAUCCAUAGCUACCUCGAAAAGGUCGUGUUGUUAAUAACAAUGUUUCUUCUAGCAACGGCUGUUAUUCUUAGCAGCGCAAGUUUUGCGCAAGGAGGCCCUUCCGGUUACUACUGGAGAGAUUUUGAUGGAACCGUGCCACCAGAUGCCUUUCCAGGCGGUGUAGACGCCAACAAUAGACCAAUCUACAUUGCUCAGGUGUACGCAAAAAACAUAUUAAUGCCGGCCAAAAUUUACUUCAACGACAAUACCGCCUACUACGAGUACGGGAAUAAAGAACUUGGCGAAAAAGACAAUGUCAUGAUUCUCUGCACGGAACAUCCCGAAAAAUUCGAGUGGAUCAGUACGGAGGGUAAGAGCAUUAGGAAUAUCACUGGCAAGCACUUGGUCAUAGGCGGUUACCAAGAAGAGAAGUCCGCCACAUACAUCGGUAGGACACGAAUUGGUGGUGAGGUCGUGGUCUCGAAGGUGGUAAUCUAUACCCCUGCCAGAGCUGAAUAUGACGCCUUGUACCUUAUCAGCAAAGGGGUUCAACAUCAUGUGUUUAGUUUUGACGUGCUCACCUUUCAAUAGUAGAAACUUAGUGAUAUUUGUAAACGAAGAUGUCGUGAAACUAUAAUGUGCUAAAGCUAGCUUUUUAAUUAAAUGGAACUACGAG